AUGGCUGCUCAAAACUCCUCCGACUUCCUUCAAGGGGCCCUCGCCCUCGCCUGCACUCUUCCCCCUCCCUGCAGCGCGCAUUACUCCGCCUCCGCGCCCACCCUCUCCGCGGAUUCCGCCGUCCUCCCCGCCUCCGCGCUCCCCUUCUCCCCCCUCUCUCACGCCCUCCUCCGCAUGAGCGCAACCACCAAGCCAUUCGCGCUCCGCGCCACCUCCCCCUCCCCUCUCCGCGACCUCCAGCAAAUCGCCGAGCGCCACGUGGCACUCGCGCGCCAGUUCGCGUUGGGAUUCGCGCAGGAGGUGGCGGAAGCCGCACUCGACCACCUUGCUGACGUGUACUACGCGCUGAUGCUGCAACCGAACGCGCCUUUCGCCGCCGUGAUUCCCGGCGAUACUGUAGCGGAGCUGGUCGUCACACAGGGAAUCUACAGCUUCCUUAACCUGUACAACACUGUGCUUAUAGUGAGGAUUCUCCUCACCUGGUUCCCCAACGCUCCUUCCGCCAUCGUCAGCCCCCUCAGCACCAUCUGCGACCCCUACCUGAACAUUUUCCGAGGGUUGAUUCCCCCAAUUGGGGGAACCCUCGAUCUAUCGCCGAUUCUGGCUUUCGUGGUGCUCAGCGCGUUCACCAACGCGUCUGUCGCCCUGCCCGCGGAAAUGCCCGAGGGUGAGGCUCCCGGGGCGGAAGUGUCAGGGGGAAGGGGCGGAAUGCUGGGCGGCAGGCGCAGGCGUCCUGUAAGGCUCACGCGGGAGCAGAGGGAGAAGAUGCGCGCAGCUUCAAGAGCAGCUGAGCAGGGCCAGGAGGCUUAG